AUGCGGAUGCGCUCUGCAGAUGCUGCGCUGCCCCGAGGUGUGGCUCACAAGUGCCCUGCCCCUGGCUGGCCAUCUGUCCGGCGGGCUUGCUGUGGCCCCGGGAACGUGCGGUCCAGUCCCACCGUGGGCCGCUGGCUCUGCGCCUCUCCGUCAGCACAGCUUCUGCAGCCAGAGGAGCUGGGAUCUGGGGACUCGAGCGAUGACUUGAGACUGGAGGAUGCAAUGCCAGAGGCUUCCUCAGUAAAGCAGAGAUGGGACCACCUCACUUCCACCAGGAAGCCAGGCACAACCAGAGCUCCAGCAAAUCCUGCAGAGCGAUGGGACCACCUCACCACCACCACAACCAGGAGGCCAGGAACAACCAGGGCCCCCGCAAAUCCUGCAGAUGACUUUAGCUUGUAUGAUGCCCUGGAUGACCGAAAUGACCGAGAUGACGGCCAAAAGAAGCCCAGCGCAGGAGGAGGAGGAGGCUUCUCAGACAAAGAUCUCAAAGACAUAUUAGAAGUCGAUGGCUACCGACCUGAUAAGAAUAAAGGUGAUGGUGGCUAUGGCAGCAGCGACGACCCCGGAUCUGGCAUGUCUGCGGAGACUGGCACCAUCGCCGGCGUGGCCAGCGCCCUGGCCAUGGCGCUCAUCGGGGCCGUGUCGAGCUACAUCUCCUACCAGCAGAAGAAGUUCUGCUUCAGCAUCCAGCACGCAGCAGAAGGUCAAGAGGGGCUCAACGCAGACUACUCACGGGGGCAGAACCUGGAGGCUGUGGUGUGCGAGGAGCCGCAAGCUACCUCGGUGCCUUCUGCAUAAAGCCCUUCUGCAUAAAACCCAUCACUUGGCCCACGGGCGCUGGCUCCAAGCACCUGGACAGGCCCGGGCCGCCCCUCAGCCUCCGGUUCGCAGUCUCAUCCCAGGGGCUCCCCUUCCGCUGUCACCUUACCCUUGCUCGGGCACUGUGGCUGACACAAGCCUGGCAGGCUCCUCUCCUACCUGUGUCUACCUGAAGCUUCCUUGGCUGGCGUGGGCCUGUCCUAGGUGAGACGAGAGGGCCGGCACCAGGAGGGCCAGCCGGAAGGGCCUCUCUCUGCCAGCCACCAGCACAGGGGACACCGGCAGCUUUGGCUGCACGAGGGCCGAGGACGGCGCCUGAUGGGGAAGCACCCUUGGGUGCGGGCAGGCCCAGCUCUGCCAGGAAGACGUGCUGGACUGACCUCUGACCCUGUCCACCCUCAUCUGUGCUAUGUCCACAUGUGAACUGUGAACUGUCGUGUCUGCAUUAAACGAAACGGAACCUAA